CGCCUAAAGUCCGCCAUCUUUGAGCACAAGUUUUACACGAUUAAUUGAAAAUAUUUAUUAUUUGCUUACCUGAGAUUGAACUGCAUAUAUCUUUCGUAGAGGCAGAAUACCUCCCUAAGUCAAUAUCAGUAGUGUAAUUCGAUAGCUGUUGAACGUGGUCAAGUUUUAUUCGUUUUGAAGGAGAACAAUAUUCCUGUCCUUCCGAAACCAACGCCAUUUUCAGCAGCUAUGACGUAGUUUCCCUCUAGGAAGUAGAGGGCGCUUUGAUCCUUUUGCUGGAGACAACGUGCUAGUGUAUGAGGGCAGCAUGGUAUGCGCUUGUUGAAAUUGUAUAUCCGUUGUAGGAAACUCCAUCGUUCGUGUGUUUAAUAUUUUUUGUGUUCCUUUCUAUUGACAUAUAUUCGGAAUUGCACUUUUAGUGUGCCGUUUCUACUUGCAGUUAAAUUUACAUUGUACCAAUAAUGAGUGAGGGAACAGCAACUAUUCGAACAAGAAAGUUCAUGACAAAUAGGCUCUUAUGCCGAAAGCAGAUGGUUGUCGAUGUUUUGCAUCCAGGGCAGCCGUCUGUGAAGAAAACUGACAUAAGAGAAAAACUCGGUAAAAUGUUUAAAGUUACACCAGAUACAGUGUUUGUGUUCGGAUUUCGUACAGCAUUUGGAGGUGGAAAAUCAACUGGGUUCGCCUUGAUUUAUGAUACCCUAGAUUAUGCCAAGAAGUUUGAACCGAAAUAUAGGUUACAGAGGCAUGGUUUGUAUGAGAAACAAAAGGCAACAAGGAAGCAGCGCAAGGAAAGGAAAAACAGAAUGAAGAAAGUACGUGGUACAAAGAAAUCCAAAGUUGGUGCAGCAGCAGGAAAGAAGUAAUUGAAAUGGUGCUGUCCUUCCGUGUCAUCAGAAUUGGAAUGAGAAUGAUGUAUGGAUGUAAAAAAAAAAAAUUGUGAAAUAAAGUUGUGAGUUUUUAUAAUUCGUGAA